AUGGCAACAAACAUAAGCACAGAUAAAUCAGCUCUUCUUGCCUUAAAAGCCAGAGUUACUCUAAACUCUUCUCAUUCCUUAACCCAAAAUUGGUCUUCUCAAUCUUCAGUCUGUGACUGGAUUGAAGUCACUUGUGGAUCUCGCCACCGCAGGGUGAGAGCACUCAAUAUAUCAAACAUGGACAUUGUUGGAACCAUUCCGCCAAAGUUGGAAAACCUCUCGUUUCUUGUUUCUCUCGAUGUGAGCAAAAAUAAUUUGCAUGGAGACAUCCCUCAAGAUUUGUCUCGUUUACGUCGAUUGAAGGUGAUUGAUCUCGGAUAA